UAAUUUCAAACGAUUUUAUUUUUAGUCACACGUGCGACACGUGGCGAUACAGUAGCUCCACUCGGAGUCUCGGACUAUCAGUUUCCACCGCAAAAUUACCAUCUCCGAAAAGACACGGACUUGAACGGUUCUUUCAGUUCGUGAACAAGAUCCAAAAAAACACGAAGAUCAUGAUGUCGACGACUCUCGCUUGCAACGUUUCUGCAAAAGCUGUCUCUCGUCUUCCCAAGAUCGAAUCUUCGUCUUCCUCCUCGGAACCGUACAGUAACCAGGCCAUGAAGAGAUGCUUGCGAUGCAACACGCUCUACCUCCACGCCCACAACUCUCCCACCGCCUGCUCCUUCCAUGGCCAUACCAACGGAGACAAGGGUCUGUUCGCGUUAGCUCCGCCGCAUCAGGGAAUCGACGGAGAGUGGACGGACAGUUCCGGCGUGAUCGUUUACAAGUGGAACGACAAACACAACAGACCAAACACUGGUCCUUCCAACUGGAGACGGCGAUGGAGUUGCUGCUCUGAGUACGAUGAAAACGCCCCUCCCUGUCGGAAAGGCUUCCAUGUCUGCUACGACGAUGGCUUCACCCUCUUCUAGUUUCAUACCCAUCUCUUGUUUUCCACAGAUAUGAUCAUAUACAUAUAUGUAUUCACCAAUAAUCAUCAAA